AUGCAGAGCAAUGCAAGCUUCUCCCAUGCGUGGCCGCGCCCGCCAAGCCCCACGUUCUCCACGACGACGACUGGCUCCAAGGUCAACCUCUCAGAGUCUCACACUCUGAUCUCUCGUAAGGAUCUUCGAGCUUCGAUUGCGUGCUUCGAGGAUCUCAUGGCUGCGGCGAAAGCGUACCGUAACGCGCUCCUGGCCAUGUCAUCAGCAACAGCGGCGUUCGCGUCAGCAAUGGAGGCAUGCUCCCGCGUGAAGGGGUGUCGCGAAGCAAAUGCGGCUCUAGCAGGGGCUGGGGGCUUGCAGUUCUUGAUCUCUAACCAUGAGCAACUACUCGCCGACACAGUCUACCGCCAGUUUGAGAUCCCGUUGCUCGAGGCUCUCGACAACUACAAGCUCAUGACCUCUGAUCGGCUUGCGCAGUACGAGAAGGCGCUGCAAGCGCAGAGCGAGAAAAUUCGCCGUACGGAAGCCGAGAACAUGAAGAUCGGACGGCGAAAGAAGCGCGACCUGAGUCAGUUCCGAACGGCUCUUGCCGAGCUGCAGCGCCAGGUCGAUGAGCUGGACGGCAUCAAGCUCCAGUAUCACGAGGAGGUGCUGGAGGCGGAGGAGGAGACGUGGGACACAGUGCUGAGCAAAGUCGCAUUCGUGAUUCGCUCUCAGCUGGACUUCUACGAGAAGAUUGCAGGGAAGGCCAGUGAUCCUAUCUUGGAGCCCAUCGUCUCUUCAAUCCCUGAUCCGUUUGAUGCGCUGCGCCUCGACUCUGCCCCCGCCUCGCCCACUCCGAAUUUGACGCGGAUUUUGAACUCCCAGUCCAACUCGAUCCACAGUUCCACAGAAUCGUCCCCCGAUAAGGCGGAACACCAGCACUCGGUCAACAAGGAAGACCCUCGCUCACCCUCAAAGCUCGGCCUCGGGUCGUCUGCUCCCGCCUCUGCCCAGCCUUGCAUCGUGGAUGCCAUGGGUGAGCGUGGUGUGUGGGACGACGUCGCCAGUGGCCUCCGGGCGCGGCGAGAGCUCAGCGUCAUCGACGAGCGAGAGUCUGUCUCACCCUCUAAGAGUGGGGAGCCAUUGGCAUCUGCCACGGACGACGAGGCGAACGGAGAAGCCGAACACGAGACUGAGUCUGAGGCGCAGUCUCAAGGGCCGACGAACGAUGUGAACGAGGCGAAAGAAGAUUCGGACGGCACACACACGCCCAAAACACCAAAGACACCCUCGACCCCCACGCCGCAUACCCCUAAGACCACCUCAGAUACCCUCGACAACGUCUCCACCCGCUCAACACGCUCCCGUGUCAGUGAGACCGCACCACAGGUCGAUGUGGCGGCCUAG